AUGGAUUCUCAAUUAGGUCUCCACUCUAGUAGCACCCCUGAUGUUACUGCCGCAACUUCUUCUUCUACUACGGUUGCUGCUAUAACCACCACCACCACUGUUCCUGUCACUACCUUAACAAUCGGAGUCACCACAUCAUCUCUUUUUCCUGCUUCCACUAUUGCCACUGCGGUUGCCACUUCUGCUUCUGGUGGAGCUUCUGCUAUUCCUGUUUCUUCUUUGCAAGAAGAGGAUGAUGAUGAUGUUCACGUCGUAGACCCUCUUCCAUUGGUGGCCAAUGUGUCACAAUUCUAUAACAAUAAUGGUACUCUGAGAGCUCUUAACCCUGAUGUAGAGACCACCGCCCUAUGGCGGAGCCAGACUGCUGCAGCGUCAAAGAAAACCAAAGGUGAGCAUGUCAAUGAAGUUGUUGCGUUCAAAAAAUGCUAUAAGUCGAAACAAAGCUCUAAAUCUCGGGUUGAAGCAAAAAGUCACUCUGGACUAGGAGUUGACCCGUCUGGUAUCGAGACUGAGGUGACUCAACCUCCUCCACGUGUGGCGAGCUAUACGCCUUUGCCAAGUGAUGCAAAAAUGCGUUUAGAGUCGGGCCACACUUUGAUGACUGUUGCAGCCACGUCUACAUUUACUCCAGACACAAGUCCAACUGCUGUCAAACAUGAUUUAGAGCCCCCAUUCGAUGUUCCUGCACUAGAGAAUGGGGAUUUAGACUUUGAAGAUCUCGACUUUGAUGUCUGA